UCCGCAGCUGCCGGCCCCACUUCCGCGGCGGGGCGCGCAGCGCACAGGGCGGGCGCUGGAUGCGCCGCCGGGGGGAGGCGGGCGGCAGGCGAGGGGGACCCCGCGGAGCGGCGCGGAGCUCGGCGCGAUGAGCGCGGGCAGCGGAGCCGGCGCGGCGGCGGGCACCGCCACCUCCGCGCUCUGCCUGCUCCUCUCGCUGACCGCCGUGGCCGUCUGCCUGCUGCUGGGCGCCAAGACGGCCGAGCUGCAGGGCCGGCUGGCCGCGCUGGAGGAGCGGGGCUCCGCCGGCCCCGGGCCGCUGCUGGACGCGCUGCAGCCACGCGUGGAGCAGCUCUUCCGCGAGAAACUGGGUGAAGGACUAGCAAAGCUGCGGACGGUGAGAGAGGCUCCGUCAGACUGCAUGUGCCCCCCAGGCCCUCCGGGGAGGCGGGGGAAGCCCGGCCGGCGUGGAGAACCUGGCCCUGCAGGGCAGUCAGGACGCGAUGGUUACCCGGGGCCUCUUGGUUUGGAUGGCAAACCAGGACCUCCAGGACCAAAAGGGGAAAAGGGUGAAGCAGGGGACAUCGGCCCAAGGGGCGAUCAAGGUCGAGAUGGAGCCACUGGCCCCCCUGGUCCACCAGGACCCCCAGGUGCCCGGGGGCCUCCUGGUGACACGGGAAAAGAUGGCCCAAGAGGACCUUCAGGCCCCCCUGGUUUCAAAGGCGAGCCGGGAGAGGACGGCCUCGUGGGUGUCAGGGGACCUCCAGGACCAAAGGGUGAGCCUGGCAUCCAAGGGAAAAAGGGUGAUGAUGGGAUCCCUGGGCAACCAGGACUUAUGGGCCCUAAGGGAGAAAAAGGAAGCAUAGGUCCCAAGGGAGAGAACGGCACAGAUGGCUUGCCAGGACCCAAGGGUGAACCUGGCGAGAAGGGAGGAAUUGGCUCCAUUGGACCUCGGGGUCCCCCCGGCCUGAAAGGGGAACAGGGUGACACUGUGGUGAUCGACUAUGACGGCCGAAUCCUGGAUGCACUCAAGGGUUCGCCGGGUCCCCCAGGGCCACCAGGCCCCCAAGGCGCUCCAGGUCCCAAGGGAGAGCUGGGCUUGCCGGGUCCACCUGGACUGGAUGGUGAAAAGGGUCCCAAAGGAGCAAAGGGUGACCAGGGCAGCACAGGGAUCGCAGGACAGAAAGGAGAGACGGGAGAAAUGGGCUUAGCGGGUCCACCGGGAGCAGAAGGGCCAAAAGGAGACAAAGGAGAAAAAGGAGACACUGGGUCACCGUGUUUGCAGAAUAAUCAUAUCAUACCUGAGCCCGGACCCCCAGGAUUACCCGGCCCUAUGGGUCCUCCAGGAAUCCAGGGGCCUAAAGGCUUGGAUGGUGCCAAGGGAGAAAAAGGUGACAGCGGUGAGAAGGGGGACCACGGCGACACGGGACCUGCUGGUCUCCCGGGUCCUCCAGGGCUCAUCGGUUUACCCGGUACCAAAGGAGAGAAGGGAAAGUCGGGGGAGCCAGGAUUGGACGGUUUCCCAGGUCUCAGAGGAGAGAAAGGAGAGAGAAGUGAAAGAGGCGAGAAGGGUGAGCGAGGAAUCCCAGGGAGAAAAGGAGCCAAAGGGCAAAAAGGGGAACCAGGCCCUCCCGGACUGGAUCAGCCUUGUCCCGUGGGACCAGACGGACUGCCUGUAGCAGGAUGCUGGCAUAAGGUACAGUAAUAAUUGUGUAUCCUUGAGCAGGUCCUGAGUAAUUUUGUUUGCUGCAUGGUGAUAGUUUGCACUGCUGCACAUCCUUUAAGCAACAGGUUAUAUGCCUGGCAGACGUGAUGUCAUGCCUUGGGAGAGCAGGUUCCACCUGGCUCCAUGUCCUGUUCCCCACAGCUGUAGACUGGUGCUAUGAACACCGCUCCAAAAACUGCCUAAGCAUGAAAAAUCAACUGCCUAAGCAUGAAAAAUCAUUCUCAUUAAUAUUGUCAGUAGCAAUGCCUUUUUUUAGGCUUGCUUGGGCUAGGCUUUUUUUAUGGCCCAGGCAGUUUAGGAACUGCUCAUGCAAAGACUGCACCGCCCUGCAAAAACGUGCUCUCGUGACUCAGCCCAUACCUUCUAGCUGAGACUCAUACAGUGGGUUGCCUCUUCGUCACAGUUACAAAACAUUUCCAAGCAAAGACUUGUCUGCCAUUGUAAUUAUAAUCUACAACCUCUACACUGCUUCAGUGCUCAAAUCAGUAAAUCUCUGUGCAAGUGGCCAGGUAAUUCGUACCGUCCCACGCACCUACAACAGCCAGGGAUUGUAAGUGCUGAAGACAGCUCAGGACAAUGAGAGAUGCAUCCCCCCAUAAGAUGAGGAUUUGAUCCAGGCUUGUAGGAGGAUGCUGUAACGUCAUUCAGUGUCAAACCCUUAUCGGAGAAACUGAGUGGAAUUACUAACCCAGUUUCAAACAUGUGGUGUGUGGACACAGCUUGAGUUAAUAGCAAGCAUGUUACUAACUGGUUGCAAACCCUCGGUUAGAGUGUGAGCAUGCCCUUAGCAUAUAGAAGUUUUUAAUUCUGUGGUAAGUUGUUUUGCUGUACUGUUAAUAUUAAAAGAAAUCUCAAUGCCAAACUUUAUAAUAUUAACAAUAAGAUUAGUAAGCAUGAAUGGAGCAUUUUCUUUGAUUGAAAUGUUUGUCUGUGUGUUCUUUUUCAGUGAUCUCUAAGCAUGAAGCACAGUAUGUAAAUAAUGUGAUAUAUUUUGAUCUUUUUAAUUUUUGUAUAAAAAAAGGAAAAAAAAACCCUUACAACA